AUGUUUUAACGAGAAUAAAGGAAUACUACUAAUUCUGGUUAUAAGAGUUCUUCAAAUGCAUAUGUUAUGGCUAUGAAGGCACUUCAAGAAAAAAUAAAAUUAAUGGAAACACAAAAAAAUGAUUUGUAGCCUUGUAAUAAAAUGAAAAUUAACGAUGAAGAAAAUUUGUCUUAGUAAAUAUAAGAACUUAGAAAUUAAAAUGAAACAUUAUCUAUUUAAGUAUAAAGACAAUAAAAUGAUAAAGAAAAUAUUAAUAAUUAUAUUUUAUAAAUCGAAGCUUUGCAAUCAGACAGAUUAAUAUAAUUGAAGGAAUACCAAGAUCGUGUUGGAGAUCUUAUUAAAAAAAUAGAGGAUGGUAAGAAGGAGAGAUAAGAGAUGUAGAGUUAAAUUGAUCAAUUAUAAAAGUAAUUAGAAUAGUAUAAAUUAAAUGAGAGAGGAUUGAUGCAGAAGGUUGAUCAACAAAAAUUAGAUGAGAACUAAAAAUAGAUUGAAUAGAUAUUGGAUUUAAAGCAUAGAUUAGAGUAAGGAUAAUCAUAUACAAAAAAACUUGAAAAGAAAUAUGAAAAAUUAUAAAAUGAGAAAAACUAAUUAGAAUCAAACUAUUUAGAUUAUAAAGAGAAAUGUCCAAUAUUUAAAUUACAAGAAUAUGAAAAAUAAAUUUAAAUUUAUAGAGGUUAAUUGGAAGAAAAGGAAAGAGCAUUUUUGAGAAUGAUGGAUGAAAUAUAGAAUUAACGUUAAUCGACAGAAGAUUAAUUAACUAGAAGAAUUUAAGAAUUAUUAAACAAAAGUAAUGAAUAUUAAUCUAAAAUACAUAAAUUGACAAUUGAAUUAAAAGAUUUAAGUUUAAAACAUCAAUAAUUAUAAUUAAGAUUAGAAUAUGAAGAGAAAAAUAAUAAAUUUAGUCGUAAAAGAUUGAGAAAUGUAUCAUCUUCUGAAGAUCAAGAUUUAGAUAUGCCAAUAUAUAAUCCAAAUUAAUAUUAGAUAAAUAAUUAUAAUUAGAAAGUUGCUAAAUUAAAUUUUGAAUAUUUAUAGCCUUAAAUGUCUAGUCCUAGAUUUGAAUAAAGUUUAGUUAAAUCUAAUGCUCUAAAACAAGCAAUAAAAGAUUGUUUAGAAGACAUGAAAUAGACAACUCCCUAUAAAUCUGAUUAACAUUUUUAAGUUGAUUAAAGUUUAUUAUAAUAACAACAUUCUAAAAAGAAAUUGUUAUCACCUCCUAUGUCAGCAAGAAAUAAUGAAACUGAAUAUUAAUUGAAAUAAUUGAAUGAUCGUUAUGAAUAGUUAAUAAGAUAAGCCUAAAAAGAAUCAGAUUUUAAAUAAAAAGCCUAAAUUCGAAAAGAGUUAUUAGAUUUAGCUGAACAAAUAAAGGAUAUAAAUAGAAAACAAUGA